CGUGCGGAGGAGCCAAAUCUACAAGAUGCCCACAUCUUUUACUGCCAGCACCUUGCUGUGUCUUCUCAUCAGCUCUACAGCAACAGAUCCUGUGCUCAGUGAGGGAUCCUUCACAUUCACUCAUCCCAUUCAUAACAUUGCUACUGGGAGGAAACAUGUUCUAGUAGCCACAGAAAACAGCUUGUAUCUCUUUAAUCAUAUGCUCCAUAAUCUGACAGUGAGACAUCCAGGAUCAGACAUUGGAAGUAAGAAAAACUGUGCCGGAAGAGAAGUGCCUCAGGUGUACUAUAACAAAAUUUUACUUGUAUAUAAUGAUACUGUGCUCAGUUGCUGGAAUGAAGAUUCAGGGGUUUGCAGGGAAUACGAUGUCAAUAAUCUCACCCUUCUUAAAGGAUUUGGUGACAAUAUUGUGUCCUGCAACCCUGAGCACACUGCCGCAGGCUUCAUUUCACAGAAAGACAACAAUAUUAUCUUUGUGACUGCUGCGCCGACCUUAGAAAGGAAGACUACAUCUACUGUGCAAACAAGGGCUAUAGCAGUAAGAAAGAGGACCGAUGAUGUAUUUACAUUUAUUCACGAUAAUAAUGUUGUUUUACUCAAGACUUCUUCACCAGUCCUAAACUUUGUUGAUGCAUUUGAAUUGGAGGGGAAGUUUACUUUUCCCUAUUACCUAUCUAAUGGACUAGGGGCGAGAUUAAUAGUUCUGGAAGGAGAUUUAGAUGUUAGAUUCAAUUCUCAAUAUAAUCUAACAUGUGGGACGGAGCCUCAGAGAGGGGUGAUUUUGUCUUCCUUUGUAUUCGCCAGUUCUGGGAGUUUCUUCUGGGCUGGAAUUUUCAGCACAAACCAUACUCGUUCUCCAGACACGACAGCUCUUUGCAUCUACAACAUCACUUUCAUUAAGGAUAUAUCCAGAGGUUGUAUCCAUACGGACUUUCAAGUUAGUGAUUAUCCAGACUGUAAAACCUUUCCUAAUCCUUUGCCAGUAAAUUCUAAACCAACAAUAAGCCAUGGAGAUUUGACUGCAGUAUAUGUGUUGGAAGUAAAUACAACAUUGGUUCUGUUUCUUGGAACUGGAAAUGGACGGUUGCUGAAGGGCGCAAAACUAGGUCAGCUGACACAAGUUCUACAUGAGUUUAAGUCUGAAGCUGCAGUGUUCAAAACAAUGCGCCUGGAUCCUCUUGAUGAUAAUUACCUGUAUGUAGCUACUACGAAUGAGAUAAAACGGGUGAGAGUUGCAAAAUGUGAACAAUAUCAGUCGUGCAAUGAAUGCUUGGCUUCAGCUGAUCCGCACUGUGGGUGGUGCCUAAUAAAUAACAGUUGUAUGAUGAAGGCGGAAUGUGAAGCAACUUCUUUGGAAAAUUGGAUUGGGAUAUCCAAUGGCUAUGGAAAAUGUUUUGGAAUCCAUGUUACUUCUGCAGAUAAAAACCAGAUCACAUUAAGCAUCAAGAAAAAUCCUUUACUAUUUGGUAGAGAUAACACUUGGAGUUGUAAAUUGCAAAAGAAGGACACAGUUCUUUGCAAUGGAACAGCUGACCGACAGUCCUUGAGCUGCUCCUGUCCAUUUCCAUCUGUCCAGUCAUCUAAUCAAGCAGCAGACAGAGAAAGAGCUGCAGCAGUGCACGUAGGGAGAGAGAACGGCCGUUCAUCCUCUGUAGCAGCCGGCCUCUAUGAAGAGACCGGCCUUCCGUGCUUGUCUCCUGCUGUGAUCUCCUCCCCCGAUGCCUGUCACAGAGAUCCGGAAGACAUGGAGGAGAAGGACAGGGAGGAUGUAUUGACUGCUAUAGCAGUACACAAUUAUCUAACGAUCGUGGAACAUUUCCAGUUUGAUAAGUGCUCACAAUAUUCAGGGAUCAGUUGCUUGGAGUGUAUAUCAAAUGGAUGUCUGUAUUGUACUAAGGAAUCUGCAUGUAGGUCUCCACUGAAUCCAUGUGAAGUUAAAGCAGAUGAGGUCACAGUUACAACAGUACAACCUGAUAGGAUAAUCUAUUCCGGAAGAAAAAAUGUUCUAAUUACUGGAGAGAAUUUGCAGAAUCUAUCAAAAAUGUUUUUAGUAGGUGCCAGCAGCUGCAAGCCACAAGAAAUUCGAAUUGAAAGAGAAAAAUAUUGGAACAGCACACAUGCUUUUAUCUCUCUGCCAAGUGCGAAGGAUGCCAAGCAAUUAUGUGUUAAUUUUAAUGAGACGUGUCAUCAAGGCCUGAACAUCUUUUAUGUAUCAGUACCCACAUGUUCUGUGAAUUUACCAAAUUCUGUGUGGUUCAGUGGCGGUCGAAAACUCUCACUAUCUGGAAAAGGUCUGGAUCUUGUGGAAGAAUUUAGCAUAGCAGGGAGCACAUUUGUUAGCAAAGGUGUUGAAUGUUCAGAAAACAAAACACACUGCUAUUUGAUAGCCAAGCCACUAAGUGAAACCAACCAACCAACUUUCAGCAUAAAUAUUCAUAUUGAAGAAAAUAACAUAACAUGUGGGAUAGUACAUUACAAGCCAGAUCCUAUAUUCACUUCUUAUACUGCAGUUGAUGUUGGUUAUGUCAUUGAAAAAAAAAAAGAUGAACUGCACAUUCGAGCUGAUGAGAUUCAAGUUUUUAUAAAUUCUAAUUUAACCUGUAAAGUGCAGAAUAUAACAGAAUGGACUGAUGAGGAUACAGUAUUUUGUAAAGUUGAUUUGGACAACUCCAAAAAAAUAGAUGUGAAUAAAAUAGAAGUAAAGGUUAUUUUGGGCAACUAUAUAAAGAGACUAGACAAAGACGCAGCAAUUUCCCCUUACAUCUAUAUCCUUCUGGUAAUUCCUCUUCUACUAGCUAUUGUUAUUGCUACCUGUGUAAUAACCAGGUACAAAUCCAAAAAACUAAGUGAGAAACUAAGCAAACAGCUGGAACAGUUGGAGUGUGACAUUAGACAAGAAAUACGUGAUGGUUUUGCAGAAUUUCAAAUGGAUAAAGAAGAUGUGGCAGUGGAGGCAUUGGGUACCAUUCCAUUCUUUGACUAUAAACAUUUUGCUUUAAAAACUUUUUUUCCAGAGCCUGAUGGAAACAAGCAGGACUUAAGUGAAAAAUUGUGUGAAAAUGUUCCUUCGCCUUUCCAGAAAAAUGCUAGAAAUCCAACAGAUGAGGAUGAUACCGUAACUAGCUUGAAGAAUCUAUUUGAGAACCAAAACUUUCUGGUCAUGCUAAUCCACAUCUUAGAAAAACAGAAGGACUUCUCAGUCAAGGACAGAUGUUUCUUUGCAUCCUACCUGACCAUCAUCUUUCAGAAUAAUUUGCUUUAUCUCACUGGAUUGCUUGAAACGUUGACUAAAGAUUUAAUAGAGCAAUCAAACAGCAAAAAUCCAAAGCUGAUGCUAAGACGAACAGAGUCAGUCGUGGAAAAGUUAUUGACGAAUUGGAUGGCCACCUGCUUGUACGGCUUCCUGCGGGAAUCUGUUGGAGAACCUUUGUAUGGUCUUGUUUGUACCUUGAAUCAAAGGAUACACAAAGGUCCGAUAGAUGUAAUAACAUGUAAAGCCCUGUACACUUUGAAUGAAGACUGGCUGUUAUGGCAAGUGACAGACUUUAAUAAUGUUGACAUCAAUGUACAUUACCCAACACCAGAAGGCGAAGCUAUUUAUGAAAACAGUCAGUGUUUAAAAGUAACUGUACUGGAUUGUGAUACCAUAAGGCAAGUCAAGGAAAAAAUCCUUCAAACAUACCUGUCAAAAAAUGGAUAUUCUUUUAGCUGCCCUCUUUGUGACAUUUGUUUACAGUAUCAUUUUGGCCAGACCUAUAAGGAGCUGUUAGAUAUAGAUGCCUCUUCUGUUGUGAUGGAGAAUGAUUUGAAGAAAUUGAAUACUGUGAAACAUUACAAGGUAGAGGAUGGUGCAUGCGACCUAUUCCACGUAUUCCCGGGGCGCCUCGGGGAUUUUAAUAACAUCCUGGACUCCACUCUGGAUUCCUCUAACCCGGCUCGGCCGCCGGGUACUGAAUUAAGGUCCUGGGCCGAGACUGCUAUGAUGGAAGAGGUGUGGAGGUGGAAGCACCCUGGUAUCAGAACUUACUCCCAUCUGUCUCAUGUCCAUGGCUCCUCGGCCCGGAUAGAUAUGCCGUUUGGUAAGCAAGCCAUGCUGGGUAUGUUGAACGGGGCUGCGUACUUGCCUGGUGGCCUGUCGGACCAUGUCCCAUUGUCUAUUACAUUUUCAGUGCCCGGAGGCAGGAGGUCGGGAGGCUGGAAGCUGUCGCCUGAGUGGCUGCGGGAGGAGGGAGUGGCUCAAAGGGUAUCCCCAUCAUUGCUGACCUAUUGGCACGACAAUGUGGGCACGGCGUCGGCACCUGUGGUUUGGGACGCCUUUAAAGCUACCACCAGGGGAGAAUAUAUUUCUGGUAUUAAGGCAGCUCGCAGGGAACACAGUGCUGCCCUUACAGUACUCCAGGAUGAGGAAGCAAUUUGUGCAGCGGCAUAUGCAGACUCCCCUGGCGAAUCCACGGUGGCUGCACUUAAGAAGGCAAGGCGUUCCAUUAAUUGCACCAUGUUGGGCUGA